AUGGAGUUCAGAAACAGAUACGUUGAAUACAAGACCAAAGAGCGCAUGCUACUCUACUGGAUCAUCGACAACUUCAAUACCCUGGCAAGACAGCUCUCCAGCAAGUCCGUGACCGAGAACCUCACAGGCCAGACACUCCGUCUUAGGGAGGAGACCCACCAACACUAUGUCCAUUUUGGCGCUGACAAUGCCGACACCAGGCACGGCAACGAGUCCCACAAGGCUUGGAUUGUCGGCAUCCGGGCGGCUUUCGAAAUACUGGGAGGUCCCGCCUGCCUUGGUCAACGUACGGAGAAGGAACCCUCUGAGUUCUCCGUCCUCCAUUUAGACGGCGAAGACGCCCCUUCCGACCCCGACAUCAGAGCUAAGAACAAGAACAUUUCUAAGCGAGGCAGGAAAUCCACGAGAAGGAAGAAAGGAAAAGGCAAGAACCCCGUCUCCCGGAACAAGUUCAGAAUGGAAGAUUGCUGCAUCAUCGAAGACGACGAGCAUGAUGUGAACUACGGCAUGGCGGCUCACUCGCUCUUGCUGGAGUGGGGAGAAGUGGCGUACAGCAAACUAAGCAUCGGGGUCGUAGGCGGCCUCGCCAGAGUUGCCAUCGCGACCAUUCGCCGAAGUGAAGCCCAUGUCUUUGCUAAUUUCCCCAACCGGGGCUCGUUCGCGGACGUGCUGCAAGCUCUUACCCAUGGGAACCUCGAUGCAACCCAGGAGAAUUUGCGCCAAAUGAAGCUCAAGUCCCUCAAGGGGUCAGGAACUGCCGCCGAAGUCGAUAUCGAUGUCAAAGAGCAGUACCUCGUGUACACCUACGAGGUGCUGCUGGAGUUCAUCGAAGACUUCCAGAAGAAUCGCACGUGCAAGCCGACGAAGAACAUGAUGAAGCUUAUUCACAGCUGGGACAAAAUGUUGGACCUGCAAAAGGCCUCCAAAGAAGAGCGCAUUCAAUGGCGUCGGAUCUACGCCAUCAAGUGGCUCUACGAGGUCGUCACUGUCUUUGCCUCCGGAUACACGGCGUACGUCUUGGCCAAGGAAAAGGAUAAAGCUGCAUCCGAGAUCGACUGGUCAUUCGAGGGACUCGAGAAAAACCAAAAAUACAGCACACUGUGGGGAAUGCACGAGUUUAUCAGCGGAAUCACGAGCCUCGCGAUGAUGAAGCCUGGCAGCGACGUCAAGUCCAAGAUCACCGUGCACCAAGUCUUCGAGCUCCAAUGUGUUCUCGACUCCUUGACUGCCUCCCUGGGUUGGAUGCUCCACGGGUAUGAAGGCCACAUCAUGUGGCCGCAUCCCAUCGGCUACAAUCCGACCCGACAGCUGGCCUACCUGGAAGCGUGGCACGAAAAAUGUUUGGCACGGUUCUGGGAGACCAUUACGCAAGUGGAGCCUACUGCCCACGGUGUGCAUAGCCACGAUCGCAACCUCGGAGCGUUCGAAAGGGUAGUGUGUGCAAACAUUUCCAUCGGGCAGUGCCUCUGUGCUACGUACAAUCUACCCGAGUCUGGCCGCGCCGCGCCGUCCCUCUUUGCCGCCGACGGGGAACCAAAGCAAGACGCCGGCGAGCUCAUGGUAUACUCGCCCUAUCUCUGCGGCGCCGGUCUAGUCGAGGCCCUGCAGCAGUCCUACAACGCCGGGAUCAACCUCUUGGAAUGCAUGCCAGAAGUCAUCGGGGUUAUCCACAUACACAACAUGCUAUUAAAGACCGGCCGGCUAGCCAAACCCGUCCCAAACCUCAUCCACCUACAGAAAAUAUUCGUCCAAUCAUUUUUCCCGAACGGAGAGAUCCCCAGCACGAACUUUGAGCAAUGCUUCCACGAGAUUGUCGGCCGCUGCAUCAGUUUCCACGAGACGCGCACAAUCCACAAGAACAUCAGCGAGAUCCGCAAGCGAUGGAACGUCGGGAGAUACCUGGCAGAUCCCAGCCUCAACAUCCACUUCAAAACCCGCUGCAUGCUAGACGUCUACCAGCAGGCACGGUGGAACCCAGAGGCGAUCCACGACGCCGACCUCCCGCUCGACUCGCACUUAGCCAUUCUGCGCCUCGGCCAGACCCGCCACGUCGUGGCCCGGAAGACAGGCGAAGAAGCCAUGCUCAACACCUAUUUCGUGAAACGUGCUCGCGCCGAGGGCGUCCCCGAGAAGGCGAUGCUCUCCAUGACAAAAUACGUGGAGCAGUGCCGCCAGCAAUGCGAGACAUCGCGAAAACUCUCCAAGGGAUUAUUCGACGACCCUCGCCGCCCCCCAUCAGACAUUAAACACACCGCACCGCUGGACCCCCUAGGAAUGCUGGACGUCGCGUUUCAGGACUUUUUAGAGGAGACUCACGGGGACCUCCGGCCCGUGUGCGGUAUGAACUACCUGCUCAUCGUGCAGAUGUGCAUGCUUUGGUUUGAUGAGAUUGAGGAGACUCUCUUGGAGAAGAAUCAUCCGUUUUGGAGGGAGCAUUAUGUCAAUAGGUGUGAUAAUGUGGCGAUCAAGCGGAAGGCGCUUGUGCGCCAUGUGCUCAAGGAAGGUCAUCGGAAAAAUGGCGAUGACUGGUUUCUGAAUAUGCUUGUGGAGAAUUUUGGUACGACGCCGCAGCAGGGUGUUAUUACGUUUGGUGUGCAUGAGUUGUUUUGGAAGAGGGAGUAG